CUAAAGCAGGCACAGUGACAGACGUGGUGGAGGUUGGCACGGAGACAGACACAGAAACGGGCAUGGAGACAGGUGUGGAGGCAGGCACAGAGGUAGCUGCAGAGGCGGGGACGGAAGUACAUAUGGUACUGAUAGAAUCAGUAAUCUGGAAGGAGACAGACACCGAAACAGACACAGAAACCGGCACAGAAACAGACACAGAGACAGGGGAAGAACAUGAUGACGGAGUCAGUGUGGACGAGGUGGUUUGUGGAUUAGGAAGAGGGGUAGCGGAUGGAGACAAAACCAGGGGAGGUAGGAGUGGUGAAGACAGCGGCGGUACAGUACUCGAAAGGUGGGUAACGGACGGAGAUAAAACCAGGGGAAGUAAAGGCGGUGAAGAUGGGAAGGAUGAAGUCAGGGGUGGUGGAGUGGCUGAAGCGGACACAAGGGGGGCAGUCGCAGGUGAGACCCGAAGAGGGGACUCUGCAUAUGGUAAUGCAGGAAUGGCCACAGAUGCCAUGGAGGAGCACACCAAGACCGAGGGCAGCACAGCAGUUGUGGUGGCCACAGAUGCCAUGGAGGAACACACCAAGACCAAGGGCGACACAGCAAUCGUGGUGGCCACGGAUGCCAUGGAGAAACACACCGAGACCAAGGGCGACACAGCAGCUGCGGGUCGAGUUGCUCUCGCGGAAUCAAUCGUAGAAGCAACCAAGGCCGAUGGGGAAGAGGCUGCGAAUCGAAAAGGGGUAGCCAGGGUCACAAACGGCAUGGAAGGGGUCAUUACGACUGAUGAGGACGCAGGUGCAGCAGAUGCAGGUAAUGAAGAAGAGGCUGUGAUAGGUGUGACAGGCGCCGGUAAUGAAGAAGGGGCUGUGACACGCGUAGUCCGAGGACAAUGUGUGGACACCCGAGAAAGCGGGUGAUGAAUAGACCAUCGAAGCAUGUUGUGGAACCAGCUGGAGAGGCGGGUCACGUGGGCAGGGUACCUGUGUUGACGUUU